UCCCGGCCCAGCGCCCCCCUCGUGCUCCCCCCAUCCUGCCUUUCAGCGCCCCCCCCCAAGCCCUGUCCCAGUCCAGGCUGGCCCCCCAGCCAAGCACCCCCCAGUCCAGCAGUGCCCCCCUGCCAGAUCUCCUUCUCCCCCAGCUCCUACAGAGCAGGGAGGCGUGGGAACUGGACUUGGGGGGAGGGCCCGUGACCCCCAGGGUCACCUCUUGGGCAGGGAGCUCUGUUCCCAGCAGCUGCCGGCUCCCAGGCAUCGUCCCCGUCUUUCAGCACUAGCGCCCCACAGCCUGUGCCUGCCCUGAGGAUGGGGUUGCCCUGGCGAAGGCUCCUGCCCUUGCUGCUGGGGUUGCUGCUGGACCCCUGGUGCACCGGCUCCUCCCCACCUGAGCCCUGCCGGACCUGCCGGGACCUCGCCAGCAGCUUUCUCAAGGGCCUGGAGCGGACAGAGCGGGAGAAUUUCGGGGGAGGGAACACGGCCUGGGAGGAAGAGAAGCUGGCGAAAUAUGCGCACAGUGAGACGCGCCUGCUGGAGGUGCUGGAGAGCGUGUGUGGCAAGUCGGACUUUGCGUGUCACCAGCUGCUGGAGCAGAGUGAGGAGCACGUGGAGAGCUGGUGGUUCCAGGGACAGCAGCAGCACCCUGACUUCUUCCAGUGGCUCUGCAUGGACACUCUGAAGGUCUGCUGCCCACCUGGCACCUACGGCCCUGACUGCCUGCCAUGUGCUGGUGGGCACCAGCAGCCGUGCAGUGGGAACGGUAAAUGCGACGGCGAGGGGACGCGGGCGGGCACUGGCCUGUGCAUGUGCAGUCUGGGCUACGGCGGCUCCUUCUGCUCCGAGUGCGCAGACGGCUACUACGAGGCAGCCAGGAACGAGAGCCACCUGGUAUGUGCUGAGUGCUACCGGGCCUGCGGGCGCUGCUCGGGGCCAGAGGACUCCAGCUGUCUGCGCUGCAAGAGGGGCUGGGCGCUGCAUGAGCACAGGUGCAUUGACAUCGAUGAAUGUGGCACGGAGAUGGCGCAUUGUCGGGCCAACCAGUUCUGCGUCAACACCGAAGGCUCCUACGAGUGCCGAGACUGCGCCAAGGCCUGUGUCGGCUGCAUGGGCGCUGGGCCUGCCCGCUGCAAAAGGUGCAACAAAGGCUACCAGCGGGAUGGAGCAAAGUGCCUGGACGUGGACGAAUGUGCCAGCGCGCAGGAACCUGUCUGCACCGGGCCCCACGAGGUCUGUGAGAACACAGACGGCAGCUACCGGUGCGUGUGUGCAGAGGGCCACAUGCGCAGGGACAGCGAGUGUGUGGAGGACAAACCCCCAGACACCCCGGCAAAGGGCUUUUUCGACGAGGUGACGGAGGACGAGGUGGUGGUGCUGCAGCAAAUGUUCUUCGGCGUGGUGAUCUGUGCGCUGGCCACGCUGGCUGCCAAGGGUGACAUGGUCUUCACCGCCAUCUUCAUCGGCGCGGUGGCAGCCAUGGCUGGCUACUGGCUCUCGGAGCGCAGCGACCGUGUGCUCGACGGGUUCCUGAAGGGAAGAUAGCUCUGGGCGGGAGGCUCCUCCCUGCCCCCAACACAGGCCCUGGGUGGGCGAGGCUCUUAGCACCGGCUUGGGGACUGUCCCUGUGAUGGGGAGCAGGGGGCGCCUGGCUCCAGGGGGCCUCAGGACUGAGGGUGGGGUGGGAAGCUGGUGGGGGCCCCUGGCUCUGGGGGUAGAGUGGUGCAGGGCAGGAUGUGGCACCCCCUGGCCAGGCCUGUGCCAGAGUUCUCAGAAAGUCGCUUUCCCCUUGGAGAUGUUUUGUCCAUGUGGAUCCCACUCGCUGUGCAAGCGCUUCGUGCUGUGUCGCUGGGGCUGGGCCUUGUGUGUGCCCCCCUCCAGCGCAUGGGGCUGCAGGACAGGUGGUGGUUCCCGCUGGGAGUGCCCAAUCAACAGGCAGGCCGGAGGAGACCUAGCGCUGCAGAGAGCAACACUCCAAAGAUGGCCUCUGCCCAGUCGGGGGCCUUGUCUGGCACAGCAAUGGGCAACAUGCCAGGGCCCCCCCGUGCAGGGAACAGCCUGCCUGCUGGCAGAAAGGGGGCUGCCGUCCGGGUGCACAGGCUGCUGGUACCGCCUGGCGCCAUACCGGCAGCCUUUGGCAGGGGUGGCUGGGGCUUUGUCCCGUGCGACAGGCAGGGACUCGUCUGCCGGGUUUGGUCCCGUUGCCUCUCACGCUGUCUGGGGCUGGAGCUGUUUCUUCUGGGCUUAAGAACGGCCGUACUGGGUCAGAGCAAAGGUCCAUCCAGCCAGGCUUGAAUGAUCUUUAGGAAAGACGCCAGGGCGGGUGGCUGGCUGAUUGACUUGGAGUCUGCCCCCAUCUCCACAUGUGGUGCAAGAUGGGCCUGCCACGAGAGCUGGCGGACUCUGGCUCGCCCGUGGCCAGCUGGGGUGAUGUGCAGAGAGCACUGUGGUAGGGGGCCGGAACAGGGAUCCCUCAGCCCAGAGACCUGCCUUGAAUCCCCACUGAGUGUGUGCGGGGGUAGCGGGCUGCAGCCUCCAGAGGGGAGCAGCUGUGCAGAGCUCCCCACGCAGGCUCCCAGCAGAGCUCAGCCAGCCCUCGGGUGCAGCCUGGGGCUCUGGGUGGGUCUUGGGAGAGCGGGAGGGGAACUGGUGGAUGGGUGGAGAGUUCCUGGGCUGCAGCCUGCCUGAUCUCCUGUCUGCGGGAUGGGGGAAGCAGUGAGAAAAGGGCCUGGCUGGAUCCCCGACUGGGGCCCGCUCUGGAGUGCAAUGCGGUGUUUUGUGUCUGUUGGCGGCAAAUAGGACUGUCCCAGGAGAGCCCCAUCUGCAGAACGGGAUUGUGACCAGAGUCCUCCGGGGACCUCUCAGGUUGACCACGUGCUGGCUGUGGAGAGCGUGCCGGGCUGAUGGAUGGUCAGUGGAGAGCGGCUGGCCGAGAGGAGGGGCAGGCGUCUCCCAGCUGUUGACUGCGAGGAGCUGGAUCGUAGGUGUUGACGUGGUGGUGGAUGGGCUUGGAGUGCCAGCACAGCGUGGAGCGGCAGCCUUUGUGUCCGGAGGGCUUGGGGAGCUUGCUGUGAGGCUGCGGAAAGCUCUGCUCAGGGCUGCACGUGGGGGUGGAGGCAGCUGCACGGGGGCAGAGCUGCAAGGUCAGGGUCCAUGUGAUCUUUGGGGGCUGGGACAUGGAUCUGAGCGCCCAGGAAGGGAUCCCAGGGGAAGUCUGGCAGGAGGUGCAGCAUAUGCUCGGAUGGCUUGUGGCCCAGUCGUUUGAGGCAGGUCCUUGGUGUGGUUUGGGAUUUGCCCUGUAAGUGGUGGUGGGCGGGUGUCUCCCUGGGGAGGUAGGCACCUUCUCAGCCCUAUGAGCUCUGCACUGGUCUCUGCAGCCCGGGGGGGGGGGGCAGCUGGCAGCGGAGGCCAGACACAUUCAAAUUGGAAGUGGGGUGUGUGACACCCCCGGGAGGGCAGGGGCGCUAGCCAGCUCUGGAAGCCGCUGGGCCCAGCCCAGGGGUAACUGGGCAGUAUGGACUGGCCUGUGCUGGACAGGAGUCGGGACAUGCACGAAUGGCCCCUUCUGGCCUUGAACCCUGAGUCUCUGGAGGGCUCCUGACUUCCCUUGGCUGAGCCAGUCGACGCGGGUGGUCGCGAGCAGGCCCUGUUGCCUCAGGGCGGGGGAGGCGUUGGCUCGUGCCAGCAGAGCUGUGCUGAGAACGUCCCCACGGUGCGCUGCGUCCCAGGGGGAAUGGCGAGAGCUGCAAACCAGCCCUGAGCAUCUCCAGUGGGGACAGUGGAGGCAGCGCUGAGCUCUGCUGGUUUGGCUCCAGAAUGAGGCAGCCCCCCGAAGUCUCCAGGUACUUUACUGGGGGAAGGGGGGAUCUGGAGGCUGCUGCUUGUCUGUCAUGAGACAGUCCCUGAAAGGCGGGGGGGUGUUCCUGGCCCUGGCUGCUGGAGUCCCUAGUUCUGGGGAUCCUGAGGUUGCCUAGAGGCCUCCAUGGCAUGAAGGGGGAGUCGGAGUGGGGACUGACAGGCGUGCAAACCCCUGCAUGAGACCAAGGCUUGAAGCCAGGACGCUCUCCUCAGCAUCCUGGGGCCGCCAGGGGUCAGGCCAGAUUCCACAGACUGAAAUCAGCUUGGCCUCGUGGGACUGUGAUCCUGCCUGGGUGAAGCGCUGCUCUCUGGCGCAUGGUGCCUGGGCUCUGGCAGGUGUUUGACACACGCUGGGGAACCAGGACGUGUCUGCGUGUAGCUGGUGGAGAUGAGCGUGCCGGACUGUGCCGUGAGUUGCUGGCUCCCAGAGGCCCUGCUGCUGGGCACUGCCGGUGCCCUGGGCAAAGAGUGAAUAUCGAGCCGCUGAUGAGUCUCCCCUUGCACUGCUGUGAUCUCCGUCUCCAGUGUUUGCUGUUCUGCUCUUGUCCUCUUCUGCGUGCCAGCUCCAGGGCAGUGUGGGGUGUCCACAGGCAGGACAGCCGGGGAGCGAGAUCCUGCUCACCUUUGAGCUGAAAAGGAAGGAGACGCCCCUUCCCCCCGCACUGUGCCCCACAGGGGCCACAUGGCUGAAGAGACGCUCCCGCCCCAGGAUCUAUCCGGCUGCCCCCUUUGGCACGAGCCUCAGUCUAGGGCCCCGUCACUGGCGGUGGAGCACCUCGCUGUGUAGAACGUCAUCACAGGGCCCCCCUAGGGCGCAGCGGCGACAGAGGCCUGGGCAGAUGAAGUGACUGGGAACUGAGCCUUGGUCUUCUGUAUCCCUGGCUGGAGCCUGCCCUGCCCUUGGGGGGACAACAGGAGCAGGGCCAAGUCCUGCUGGAGCUGAGUGCCAGCGAGGCUGGGAGCGGGCACCAGGCUAGCUGAGAACAGCAGCGCUGGGCCUGUUCAACACAAGGCCCCUGGCUUGGGGCUCUGAUCUCGGGGGGCAGCAGAGCGGUGCCAGACGCUCACCCUCUGGCAGUGCCUGGCGCCCACAAGGCAGGACCCGACGUGGUGGCUACUCCUGGAGUCCGGGAAGGGCAGGCACCUGCCCCUGCUGGGGAUGGGGGGGCUUUUAAAGAGUGCUCUGCCCUGCCCCUGCAUGUGUGGCCUCCUGACCCCCAGCCAGUACCGGAGAAAAGCAGGGCCGGUCCUGCCUGAGUGCCAGGUGGGGGCCCCAACCCUAGAAAAGCAAGUUUAAUACUGGCCAUGGGGCCUGAUCCCCAGACUGACCUCCCAGUCCUGUGGGAGCUGGGUGCAGUUUGGGGAGGGGGCCAGUUGGCUGCAGCCACACUCAGAGGCUAGCCUACGAUGGCUGCUCCAGGAGCAACAGCUUGAGAUGGGGGCCCGACCAGCGAGGCCUGGCCCAGCCCCUCACUCCAGCACUGCUCAGGGGCCUGGGCAUGCCUGCACCCUCUCCACCCACCAGCCCUGAAGGGCCAGGUGCCAGAGGGGCAAAGGGGGUAAGUUUGAAUAUGCCCCCCGCUGCCUAGAUCCAUUAGCACGAGGCCUGGCAAGAGAUUAAAAAAUUAAUCACACUGUAGAAUACCAUUUAUUUCAAUAUUUUUGGAUGUUUUCUACAUUUUCAAAUACAUCCAUUUCAAUUAUAAUACAGAAUACGAAAUGUACAGUGCUCACUUUA